UAAUAAUAACGACUGAUACGAUUCCGUGCUGAUGUCCGUUUUUUUUGCAAAAAGCCGCUUGUUUUCAUGCUAAAUUGAAAAGUAUAAUCUUAGAACUCAAAUCUAAGUUUGGUAUUUGCUGGACUACAACAAUUUAAAAGUGUAAAUCUUAGGAGUUAUUAUCGUGGUCUAUUGAACAACUUGUGCCGAUUUGCGACAAAAAAAACAAUUCGUGUUUGUGAUUAUUAUUUAUAUACUAUGUGUAGCCUAAGUUUAAAAUUUAUUAAAUUCUUAGUAUUCACUAGUUCAUAAUUUUAAAAAGAACAGUUGACACUAGUAAGUUUAGAAUUAUGAGUGAAGCAGAAAAUAAUAUUCAUAGCUCAGAUAAUUCAUCUGAAUCGGAUAAGUCUCCGAAAAAAUCAAUUUCAGAAAAUAACACUAAAUUGAAUGUAAGAACGAGGCUUCGGAAAAGAAAACGGUUGGACUCAAGUAGUUCUGAAGGUGAUGAUGGUGUACUCACAGAGAAUUCAUUCCAAAUGGAAAAGAAUGUCCAUGCGUCAGCUAUUAAAAAUAACCUGGAUGAUAUUAGUGUUAAGAAAAUACUUAAGAAAGUAGUCACAAAUGAUCAUGUAUUAGCUCUUGUAAAGUUAAGGGAAGAAGAAGAAGAAAUUUUGGAAGAAAAAAUCAGACCAAAAUUAACUAGAGCUAAAGUAAAAGAACUGAUGAAAGAUUUACCAAAAUCAACUGGAUGGAAUUUAGAGAAUUUAGAAUUGACACCAAUCAAACAUAUUCCAGUGAAAACAAGGCCUGAAGUGAAAGCUCUCAUAGCCCAGGAGUUGCCGGAGGAUGAAGAUGAUGAUGAGUAUCAACCCACUCAUGAUGAUGUCCAGAGUGAUGAUGAACACACAGUGGAAUCUAGUAGCGACGUAGACUCGUUGCCAAGAACACCAGCGACUCCAAAAUCACAGAGCCUUGUGUCCCCGAAAGUUGUUAAAGACGGCCCAUUUAAAGUACCACAAAACAAAGCAACGCCUAUACGUCGCAAAUUAAAUUUAGAAGAAGAAGCCACAAUAGCACUCAGAACUAGAUCUAAGUUAAGUUUAUCGGCAACACCAAUAGAGCAUAUAGAGAGUUCAUUCAUUCCACCUGAUGAUGUACCUACAGUGGAUGUGGACGAUCCUGUAUGGAAUGAAUUCUUAGAGGAGUGCCUCAAUCCAGCCUCCGCUUUGGUCAAGAAUGAAGAUGAUGAUGAAGCAGAUCCAGAAUAUAAUGUUGCAGCGGACCCUGAUAUACAUGAUGAUGACGAGGAAGUGUUAGAUAAUAGUAUAAUAAAGAUAUCAAAGAAGGAACUCAAUGAUUUGAUGACUGAAUUGUUCAAUAUAAUGCCGGAGCCUUCCGCUGAGGAAAUUGCAAGUAAAGUAACUGGGAAAAAUGCUGCAGAGAAUGGUGUUUGGGAGGGUAAGCAAGAACCAAAAUCUGAGGAGGAGAGUGCAUCAAAUACUAUAAACAGAAAUAGUACACAUUUCUCUAUUGGUAAAAUUGAACCAGAAGAUAUAGAAAGAGAACGAAGAGAUGAAAACAAUAAAAUAAAAGAGAGCAAGAAAGAGAUAGAGAAUGAAGUAACCAUGGUAACGACGGUGAAUGAAAGUCAAACUGCAUGGAAUACAAUGCCAGUAACAAUUAUAGGAGAACAGAUAUCAUUAGCUACACUCAUACCCGCGCCGAAUGUGGUGGUUGUGGUGGAAGAGGCUGCGGGAGUGGAUGGUGGGGUUGCAUCUGGUGCGCAGUCUCCGCCGCCGCAGCCGCCGCUGGUGCUGCAGGCGGAGCACACCGACCAGCCUUUGGUCAUCGUGCAGCUCUCCGCUGAACCCUCAGUAUUACCAGAACAGAUAUUAAUACUCGAGCAACAGAUUCGACAACACGUUCAGUUGGCUGCAUCCAACUUUCUGCAGUUAUUCACACAUCCCACAUACUGGUCUUAUGCACCUAAAUAUAAAGAAUAUUUGGAAACGUUAAACAAUUUGGCUUCUGCUAACCAUAAAUCUGUAGUAAACGUGUGUAACUUGAAGCCCGCCCUGGACCUCGUCACCACUUGGGAGAAUACCGUCUCUCAAGUCACACCAGAAAACACCGCCAUGGUUGAACAUAUCAAAAAAGAAGUUCAAAGAAGUCGCAACCGUAGCGCGUCGUGUUCUCUACACAUCGGUGACUUCCACGACACGCUGAAGGACGUGGUGGCCAACAGCUGCGUGUUCCUCUACCCGCACCUGCUGCCGCCCAUGAUGUACCGUCCUGACUCACUCAAGAGGUUCAAGUUCCUGCCGCCGGAGGAUAGACUGAUAGCUCUGGGUCUGGACGAGUUCUGGUCGUACGUUGAAGAGAACCCUGACCUGUACCCGCUGCGGAGCGGUGGUGGUAGUGGUGGACGCGCGGGGCUGAAGGCGGCGGUGCGGCUGCUGUGCCGCUACAUGCUGACGUGGCUGGCCCCGCACACGCUGCUGCACCACGUGCGCUACGUGCGCCGCAACGACAAGGAGAACCCCAUAUGUAAAUUCUUCGAGUCCCGCAAGGUGGAAGCUGUGCAGCACAAGCUGCUGCCGUACAACCCGCGGAUAACUCUGUACGAGCAGCCAGAGUACGAGAUGCCUCGGAUAUGGCUGAGACACCUCGCUAAGACAAGCAAACGAUUUAGAGAUCAUCUGUACGGUCGUAAAACAAGCACAGUACAACCGCGAGGUGUUGAUAUUGCAUUGGGGAAACAAAUAAUACCAGAGUUAAAGAAACCUUUGCCCAAUGAUUUUAUAAAAAUCAAGAAAAAACCCAUCUCAUAUAUAACACCUGAGACUUCAGAACAAAAUGAUACUCAAAUAAUUUAUAUAGAAAAAGCUAAUAUAAAUACGUCGGAUGUACAAAAUAUAACAAAUGGCACUAUCACAGUUAAUUCUGUCUCGCAACCGAUAUGUAGUACAUCCGAAACAACACAAAACAAUAUAACAAACACUACGGAACAAAAACAAGAAAACAAACAUCAAAUUAAAACAAAAAACAAACAAAAUAUAUCAGAAAAACAUUGUAGUUGUUGCGUUUUAUUAAGAAAAAUAUGUAAACAAAGACAGACUUUGAUAACAGAAUAUAUAAAACCAAAACAAAAUCGUGUAAUAAAAUGCCCAUGUAAAUGUAUACAGAGACCAAAAGUAACAAAUAAAUUAAGAAUGCUGUUAAGAUUUUUCAAACAUCGUUCAAUGUACGUCCACAAAUAUAUGUCACAAAAACUAUCGCAAUGUAAUGAUAAAAACGGUCUCAACUCCAAUUUAAAAGAUGACAGUAUUUUUGAAAUUGAUGAUAUCUCAGAUCCUAAUGAUUUAGCAUUUGCGACAACAUUACAAAUGAAAAUGUUAAUCAGACUGUCAUUAGCAAGAAAUCCAUUUAUUAAGAAAAACGCUUACAUAAAUUUAUCUAAAUUCGAUGAAGAAACAGACGAUCCUGUCAAAUUAGCUAAAGCUUUAGAGAAGAUAUUCGAUGUGGAACUCGUGGAUAUAUUUAAAGAGUUCCUCAGAUGUCUGACACCGGAGCAGGCGGACAAGAUAAAUAGAUUUAAGGAUUAUUUCACACAAGCCUGUGCCCCGGAUCUAGUUAAAAGGAUAUCGGAAGAAGUGACAGACAAAAAGAAGAGACACGCGCUACUAUCUCGGCUGAUCGUAACGUUCACGGACAACAAGGCGUCCGCGUGCGACAUCUGCACAGAUCUGCUGAGACACAUGGACGGACACGCACACCUCGCUACUCACACCUUCAAUCUUUUCCCCCAUAGGAGGCUGGACAGCAAAAAUGAAUCACAGCCAGUUAAAUGUCUAACGGAAUCUGAACCAAAUAAUAGUGUAACCACCAGAACGCAAUGUGAGCCAGUAAAAAACGUAACCUCUAACAAUGAACAUGAACCAAUUGAAACUAUAACUAAUUGCGUUGAACGAGAACCAGUUAUAUCUGUAAACCCAGUAGAAUCUAAACCAAUUUCAUCAGUCACCACUCGCAGUAUGAGUAAGGAAAUGCAGGACCAGCCAUCUGGUACCCCAGAUGAAGAAAUCGCACGACGACGCGACUCUGAGCAUGAGGUCAGAUUGACCAUAUGCGAAGAACCGGAAGCUAUGGACUGUGACCAUCAUCAUUCAAACCCUGAUAACAGAAAUGGUAAAGAUCUGAAUACCAAAGAAAUAGACAACGAACAGUCUGAGAGUCAAAUUAAUGAAGAAAAAUACAUUCCAAUUGAAGAAUAUACGGAGGAUAUGUCUGACAGUGAUGGUAAAAAAUUGAAUGUGAGUGACAUUAAGAUUGAACUGGUCAUGUCUGACGAUGAAACAGUAAAACAAGAGGCCCCUGAGUGGCAAAGGUCUGAAGACAGAUUAAUACUUGAAGUACUAAAACAGUCUUUUACCCGCGAGGAGCGCAAAAAUAAAACUAUCCUGGAUAUUGUUGAAGAAAUGAACGUUUUACAAAUCAUAACCGAUAGUUUGCCUCAUAAGUCAGUCAAAGAUGUAACAGAUCGUGUUAUGUAUUUAUUAGAUAUGUUGGUAAUAAGUGAAAACUGAGUUUUUUAUAUAUUAAUUUAUUUAA